AGCCAUUUCUAUCCGAAUAUGUUAUGAUCUCGCGAGAAUUUUUUAACUCCACCCCUUCCUGAUGUAAACAAAAUGAUGCUGGAUGCCGCUAAAAUGUCAAAGUAACAUAACAUGGAAAUUAGACAGAUUAAGACCCACAUCCGGGGCAAGUAUAGGUCCUACACAGAAAGUGACCUGAAUGAAGCUUACAGGACAGUAAUAGAAGAAGGAUUGCCUGUAGAGAGAGUUGCCAAAAGGUUUAGUGUGCCUGUCACAACCCUUAAAGAUAGAGUUAAGGGGAGAGUUGAUAUUGACACUGUAAAAUCAGGUCCCCAAACUAUAUUUAGUCAAGAGCAGGAAGCUUUCUUAAGUUUACUUAAAUGAACAUUUGAAAACUAUGGCAGAAAUUGGUUUAAGACACCAGACUCCGCAUACUUUGUUUUUCCUGGAGCAAGAAUGUUGCCAGCUUUAUUGGAAGGCGCUACAGCAGGGUCUCAAGGUGAUGUCUCAGAGUCAGGGUGGUCAAAUACAGAAAUAUUUACUAAUUACAUGAUUCAGCAUUUAGAGCCAUUACUGCCAAGUCGCACUAAAGAAAACCAAGUUCUGGUGUUGUACGAUGGUCAUAAAAGUCAUGUUUCUCUAGGUCUUAUUGAGUGGGCAAGAUCACAACACAUCAUUCUUUUCGUACUUCCACCACAUUGUUCACAUCUAUUACAACCUAUAGAUGUUUCAUGUAUUGCACCUUUGAGGUAGGAUGGAAUUCAGCAUGUCAUCAAUACCUGAGAGAAUAUGUUUGUCGUGUAGUUACGCGCUAUGAAGUUGGUAAAAUAGCAAGCAAAGUAUACACAGCAACCCUCACACCUGUCAAUAUACAGUCUGCCUUCAAACGCUGUGGUUUUUACCCAUUUAACUCUGAUGUUGUAAGUGAUGCUUCUAUUGCACAUUCUUUGAGUUUUCAAACUGAAAUCACUAAUUCAUCUGAAAUUGUUGAUGGUAGUAAAAAAGGCCAAGAUAAGCUAUCAAUUGCAUCAGAUGCUAGGUCAUUUCUAGAAAAUAGAGGAAGUAAAGUUUUGCAAAAUGUUCCACUUGCUAAGACAAGAAAGACUUUAAGUAAGGUUGUUGGAGGGAAAGCGGUAACUGAAGACCAAGUGUUUGAUGCAGUUAAAACACAUAUUUCAGACCAAAAGUCAAAUAAGUCCAAGCGUAUCAACACCCCUGUUGUUAGUACAUCUGGUAUUCCAAACAAAAUAAAAAAGUCAAAAGACUAUGUUGUUGCUAAUACUGACUCGGAUGUUCAGGAAAAUGACAUUCUAGAUUCUGACAAGUGUAUUGUUUGCAGGCGUCACAAUGUAAAAGACAUUGACAAAUUGCCAUAUUUAACUAUGUUAACUGGGGAUGUUGUGACAGGUGUGAUGGGUGGGUUCACCUGAGGUUUUGCAGUCCAGUUAGAGUGCUAAGAAGGAAUGACACUUUUCUGUGCCCUUCUUGCUCUAAUGAACAAUAGACUUAUCUGUUAAGUUAUUUUAUAUAAAAAAAUGAAAAAAAAAUGAAAGGAAAAAUAAAACUUCAACAGUUAACGUUUUAUUAUGUUGUUGGACACUACCAUUAUUUUCAAAAAUUGUUCUACAUUGUUUGGAAUAAGUUGCUUUCUUCUUGGACUUAUAGUAUUUUACUGAUAUACAGUGUGAACAACUUUUUUGACCACCCUGUAUCUUAAUUUCCUCGACCAAUGAAAAUCGUCGAAAAUAUAAGACGUCAUUUUUCUCAGAAACCAA